AUGGAUUCAAACAAUUCAAACAACCUCAACAAACUUUUUUGGGAGGUGAUUGAAGAAGAACUUAUGGACAACACAGAUGAAGAACUAUUUUUGUCAAUGCUCGAGAAGGAACGUCAAUCUAGAAGUUCAUCAAGGCGAAAAAGAAGAUCGGUGAUAGAUCAGAAUCGUGAAGAAGGGCAUAUACGAUUAUUCAACGACUACUUCUCAGAAAAUCCAGUAUACACGGAUGCCCAAUUCCGUAGAAGGUUCAGAAUGCAUAGGCAUUUGUUUCUUCGAAUUGUAGAAACCCUUGGAAAUCAUGAUGAAUAUUUUCAAAUGAGGGUCGAUGCAACUGGUAAAAUGGGUCUUUCACCAUUGCAGAAGUGCACUUCUGCUAUUCGUAUGUUGGCAUAUGGAUCUUCCGCUGACAUUGUAGACGAAUAUGUUCGAAUUGGUGAAAGCACUGCAAUUGAGUGCUUAGAGAGAUUCGUAAGGGGCGUGAAUGAGGUGUUUGGGGCUGAGUAUUUGAGAAGGCCUAAUAACAAUGAUGUUGAGAAUCUUUUACAAAUGGGGGAGUCACGUGGAUUUCCAGGCAUGUUAGGUUCCAUUGAUUGUAUGCAUUGGGAAUGGAAGAAUUGUCCGGUUGCAUGGAAAGGACAAUUUUGUCGAGGUGAUCAUGGUAAACCCACGAUCAUGCUUGAAGCAGUGGCAUCACAAGCCUUAUGGAUUUGGCAUGCAUUUUUUGGUAUUGCAGGUUCAAACAAUGACAUUAAUGUGCUAAACCAAUCUAAUGUGUUUAACGAUAUUUUGGAAGGAUGUGCUGCUACUGUGCAAUAUACAAUCAAUGGGAAUCCAUAUAAUAUGGGGUAUUAUUUAGCGGAUGGUAUAUAUCCUGAGUGGGCUACAUUUGUCAAGACCAUUUCAAUGCCGCAAGGAGAAAAGAGAAAACUAUUUGCACAACACUAA